AUGCGCCGUGUCCCGCCCUCGCCACAGCGCGGCCACAGUCACCACCCCGACCCGCGAGGUUACAGCAAAUUACCUCAGUUCGUAUCUCGACGCGAGCGAGCGAGAGGUGGACAGGACACUCGACCUACAACACGGCAGACGCAGCACUCCGUCUUGGCCAGGGCAGCGGCACAAGCAGCACCAGCAGCAACUCUCGAGGUAACAGCUCAACCUUUCAUAACAUCCUCUUGCGUCACAUUUCAAGAGCAAGCCUUCCUAUCUCCUGGAUUAGGUAAGAGGAGCGCUCCCCCCGACUUGGUGCAUGUGUUGGUGCAGCUGUCUGCCUGCCGCCGACACCUGUACCUCGCCCCGCACACCUGUGACUUCGUGGACAGCACCAGCGCCCUCUCUAACCCCCUGCUGGUGUCUAGUGCAGGCGGCCUCAUGGUGACUAAUCCAGCCCUCUUCACCCACACCAUGCUGAGCGCUGCCCCUACACUCCUACUGGGCAACUCCCCAGUCCUCGGAAGUGAAUGGAUGGGUCGCUUGAAGGAGCUUCAGGAGCGAGGGGGCUUGGCGGCUGCGGCGGCGGCAGCGGCGGCGGCGAGCAGUGGCAGUGACAUUGACAGCCGGGAGCUGGACAACUCUCACCAAUACACCUCACGCAAUACGGGUCAGCCUGUGGCCAUGGACCUGUGUGUGGUGUGUGGUGACCGAGCCUCAGGCCGCCACUAUGGAGCCAUCAGCUGUGAAGGCUGCAAAGGCUUUUUCAAGAGGUCAAUUCGUAAACAGCUGGGAUACACGUGCCGAGGGAACAAGACUUGUGAGGUGACCAAGCACCACCGCAACAGGUGCCAGUACUGCCGCCUGCAGAAGUGUCUGGCGAUGGGCAUGCGCAGCGACUGUAAGAACGAUACUAAGGAUUUGUACAAAACAGUCCAAUCAGAGCGAAAACCAAAUAGCUUUUUGGGUGCUGGAGACCGGCAAGACAAAGAAGAAAGUCCACCCAUAACUGUCAAUCCAAUAUCUGGCUUUGAAUCCCCAACACUGGCAUCCAGCAAGACUCCAGUAGUGGGUAAGGACAUCCCCUCCCAGCCCCCAACCAGCUUAGCUGAACUGCACAUCCAAAUGGCAAAGGCCUUUGAAGGAGCUUUCAAUGUGGAAUCCAAAGAAGCAGAUUGGCACGAAACAAGUAAUGGUGAUGCGCGGCAAGAGGACGAUUCUCCUGCAGCAAAUGGAGAUGGUGAUAAACACAUGAAUGAAAAGCAAGUAAAACGGGCAAUAGAAAAUAUGGCAAAAUUCAAUGGCUCAGAGAAUGGUGAUUGCGAAGACACUGAAAGUAACAGCACAUAUGAGCUGGAUGGCCCACUACUGGCAGACAGCUUAGUACCAUUCAAUUUAACUGCCCCGUCCCCAAUGCCUGCCUACCUCAAUGUACACUACAUCUGUGAGUCAGCAUCAAGAUUGCUGUUCCUUUCCAUUCAUUGGGCAAGAAAUAUCCCCUCCUUUCAGUGCCUCAGUCAAGAGUCACAAGUGGCAUUGGUGCGAGGAUGCUGGUCCGAGCUGUUCACGCUAGGCAUGGCUCAGUGCAGCAGAAUCAUGUCCCUCAACACCAUCCUCACAGCUAUUGUAUCACAUCUCACUCAAGCUGCUGCCACAGAAAAACUCACACCUUCUAGGUUCAAGCAGGUUUCAGAGCACAUAAGUCGACUGCAAGAUUUUGUGUCAGCCAUGACUAAACUUCAGCCAGAUGAACAUGAAUAUGCCUAUUUAAAAACUAUAGUGCUCUUCCAAUAUGGUAAGAUGAUUAUAUUGGUUAUGGUCAAUUUCAGGUAUCAUUGA